GGGGUACAAUGGUAAUAAGAUCCUCCUGUUUUCUGCCGCACCCCUUUGGUUUUUUGGGGUUUUAGCCACCGGCUGCUGUUCCACAAACCAAAACCAACAACAGCAAGAGAAAUGGUGAGACUUACGGCCGAUUUGAUAUGGAAAAGCCCUCAUUUCUUCAAUGCUCUUCGCGAACGUGAAUUGGAUCUCCGAGGGAAUAAGAUUGCUGUGAUAGAGAAUUUGGGUGCUACUGAGGAUCAAUUUGACACUAUUGAUUUGUCUGACAAUGAGAUUGUUAAACUCGAAAACUUCCCUAAUUUAAAUCGACUUGGGACGUUGUUGUUUAAUAACAACAGGAUUACUCGUAUUAACCCUAACAUUGGAGAGUUCUUGCCGAAACUGCACUCUUUGGUUCUUACUAACAAUCGACUUGUUAAUUUGGUUGAGAUUGAUCCACUUGCAUCACUCCCGAAGCUACAGUUCCUGAGUUUGCUGGACAAUAACAUUACAAAGAAACCGAAUUACCGCCUAUAUGUCAUCCACAAAUUGAAGGCAUUGCGUUUGCUUGAUUUCAAGAAAGUGAAACAAAAGGAACGAAUUGAAGCAGCCAGUUUAUUUGCGUCUGAAGAGGCUGAAGAGGAGGCGAAAAAGGAAUCUGUUAAGACGUUUGUGCCUGGUGAGGUUCCGACUGAGGAGCCUAAGGAAGAGGAGCCAUCUAAACCAGUUGGCCCUACACCUGAGCAAAUUAUAGCUAUAAAGGCUGCAAUUGUCAAUUCUCAAACCCUUGAAGAGGUGGCUAGACUUGAAAAGGCUUUGAAGUCUGGUCAAGUUCCAGCAGAUCUUAAUAUUGGAAAUACCAAUAAAAAGGCGAACAAUGAAAAUACCACAAAUGACAUGGAAACAGAUGGUGAUAAAGAAGCACCUGUUGAUGCUUCAAAGGAUGCCAGUUCCAAAAAGGAAACUGAUGGCCCUGCAGACAUGGAGCAGGAAUGAUACGGUUGCAGAAAUCGGGGGGUUGUAGAUGCUAAAAGAUGGGAAACAGAUCCAUCAUACCAGGAUUGAUCCAAAUGGUUUAGUUAGCAAAUGGAUGAAGUAAAGUCACUUUUGUACAAUGAAAACUGACUGGAAGAGAUCAAUUAUGAUAUCCCUUUGUUUGUAUGCUUAUUUUUAGUUAAAAAACCAUGUUAUUUAACUUCUUUUUUUGUAAGCUAAAAUUUCAUAGGUAAAAAUGGAUUUUGCAUGCAUUAUUCUUA